AUGCCUUACACACCGCCCUCUCACCAGUCACCGGCCUCGUCUAAGACGGCGAGCCCGGUCAUGAGCCGCUCAUCAUCAUUCAGCGCAGAGAGCACAGGAACACGGUCGCCGGCCUCGCCGAGACCUGCACUUCCUCGCUCGGUAUCAUCGACAACUUACCUGAACAAGCAACGACGAGGUCCCUCAAUCUCUCAACAAGAGCCAGCUGGCCUGCCGCAAUCUCCCGUCGAUGACAACGACGAAUCGAACAACGUCCGAAUCAUCGAGGGUGUCAUCUCUAACAACGGUAGCAUCCGCCAGUCACCUUCUCCUGUGAACAAUCUGUUGAUUCCGACAGGUGCCAUCUUGUCACCNCCCGACUCAUCCGAGAACUCAGACGGUGAAGACGCUGCCGAAGCACCAAGAGGGCGUAACAGCUUCUCCCACACCUGGGGUGAACUGGAGCAAGCCGUGCGGUCCAUCGAACUUAAGCGGGAAGGAUCUCCUGCAAGGAAUGGUGUCUCUUUCUCCGAGCCCACCACCACCAUCCACUCACCCACAGCACUGAGUGCCACAGCACGCAAGAUCACGCACUCGAGGUCAUCCACAGAGACAGCCAUCCUAAUCCCCGACCGUAUCGUUACCGAGUCUCCGUCAGAAGAGAGCGAAGACGACGACGACGAUGAGUUGCGCGUCAAGCCCCCGCUUGUGAGAAAGAAGUCUGGUGAGUUGGUCAAGCCUGCCCUCAGACCAUCGUCGAGACGCAGAUACUCCAGCAUGCCCGGCACUCCCACCUAUUCCAAGUCGGUCCACUUCAACGACAACGGUAACCAAACCAGACACUUCCUGCAGGUCGAGAAGCCGUCUGCUAUCAGUGCCGGCUCUUCGCCCGUUGACACGUACGAUGAGGAGACCGAGUACCCUUUCGAAGGCAAGGACAACUCGAACAAGCUUGAGUGGCACCUCAGGCUCGCAAACUUCCCAGAGGACACGCACGAGCGAAGUUACCAGCCCGUCCGCGUCGAGAAGGUCUACCUUUCGACCGACACAAAAACUCUCAUCGGUACUGUCGCUGUGGCAAACAUCUCGUUCCAAAAGCACGUCGCUGCUCGCUUCACUCUUGACUACUGGAAGACCACUUCUGAGGUUAUGGCCGAGUUUGACAGCGAUGUCCGCAAGCAAAACCCCCAUGACGGUUAUGACCGCUUCACCUUCAACAUCCGCCUGUCUGAUCAAGCCAACCUGGAGAACAAGACAUUGCUGCUGUGCGUCCGUUACAACUCUGGAGGCCAGGAACACUGGGAUAGCAACAACGGCAUGAACUACCAGAUCGACUUCGUCAAGAAGAUGACCAAGUCGGCCUCGACCAGCUCACUGUCGUCUCUUUCCUCAUCCUCAUCGAGGCCUUCUCGCAACACCAUCCCUCGUAGCAGACACUCUCCUCCCGUACCCCGUCAGGCACGCGAUCUCUUUAGCGACGAGGAUUUGCGUUCCAAGAGCUCGACGUACCACUUCGGCUCCCCAGAAAAGCUCACUGGUGACCCUGCUGCCCAGCCCCAGGUCAAGCUGAAGCCCCGCUCCAAGAGAGUGGAUCUUACCCGUGUUGGAUCUGCACCUGCAAACGGUCUCGGUGGAAGAUAUGACUUCGGAGCAUCGCUCAGUGCCGCCUUGUCGAACGCCCAGGAUAAGCUCGGAAAGCAAAGUGGAUUACUGCCUCACUCUCAAACCUCCACUCAACCCCACGCCCACUACUUCUCACCCAGGACUACCAGUGAGGUCAAGCCUGUGGUCCCGGAGCGCCCCGAUGCCAUCACCACCGACAGACCCGCCAUCGGAUCCCAGCAAUAUAAAGACCUCGUGAACAAGUUCUGCUACUUCACUCCUGGAUCUUCGGGCAAGUCAUCGCCUUCGCCUCAAACAAGUUCCGGAUCAAAGCCUAGCAGCACCGACGGUUCUGGCGACGGUGCAUCGCCAAACGAGUACAGCCCUCAAUCUGGUUCUGUCACUCCUACGCCGCCUCAAAGCCUGUCGCCUUUCCUCGACGGUGCCAACGACGGAUUUACUAGCUGCAACGAAAUCAGCAAGUUGAUCUCCCGAUCGGGCUCACCCGCGUCGAUUAGCAACAGCAACAACUACGUUGCACGAGCUUACAGCUACCCUUACGCAAGGGACGGAUAUCUUUCGGAGUCGCACACCCCGACCGCCAUCCGUGGUUAA